GCGGCCGCCUGAGGGCGCGGUGGUACCGGACUGGGAGCGCUCGAGCAUGGCGGCCGCGGGCACUGCUCUAGGACAUCUGGUGACUGCCCUGUACGACGUGCAGGCUUUCAAGUUUGGGGACUUCGUGCUGAAGAGUGGGCUCUCCUCCCCCGUAUACAUCGAUCUGCGGGGCAUCAUAUCUCGACCGCGUCUUCUGAGUCAGGUUGCAGAUAUUUUAUUCCAAACUGCCCAAAAUGCAGGGAUCAGUUUCGACACUGUGUGUGGAGUACCUUACACAGCCUUGCCAUUGGCUACAGUUAUCUGCUCAACACAUCAAAUCCCGAUGCUUAUUAGAAGGAAAGAAACAAAGAACUAUGGUACUAAGCGUCUUGUCGAGGGAGCUGUUAAUCCAGGAGAAACCUGUCUCAUCAUUGAAGAUGUGGUCACCAGCGGAGCUAGUGUUUUGGAGACUGUUGAGGCUCUGCAGAAGGAAGGUCUGAAGGUCACCGAUGCUGUGGUGCUGCUAGACCGCGAGCAGGGCGGCAGAGACAAGCUGCAGGCCCACGGGGUCCGCCUCCACGCAGUGUGCACAUUGUCCCAAAUGCUGGAGAUUCUCGAGCAGCAGCAAAGAAUCGAUGCUGAGGUAGUCAGGAGAGUAAAGCGAUUCAUUCAGGAGAAUGUGUUUCCGGCUGCUCAUCAGAAUGGCUCUCUCCUUUCAGUGAAGAAAGCCCCUGAAGAACUCAGCUUUGCUGCACGUGCAGAGCUGCCCGGGAUCCACCCUGUUGCCUCAAAGCUUCUCAAGCUUAUGCAGAAGAAGGAAACCAACCUGUGUCUGUCUGCUGAUGUUUCAGAGGCCAGAGAGCUGUUGCAGCUAGCAGAUGCCUUAGGGCCCAGCAUCUGCAUGCUCAAGACGCACGUAGAUAUUUUGGGUGACUUCACUCUGGAUGUGAUGAAGGAGCUGACAGCUCUGGCAAGACAGCAUGAGUUCUUAAUAUUUGAAGACCGGAAAUUUGCAGAUAUAGGAAACACAGUAAAGAAGCAAUAUGAAGGUGGUGUCUUUAAAAUAGCAUCCUGGGCAGAUGUAGUAAAUGCCCACAUUGUGCCAGGCUCAGGCGUUGUGAAGGGCCUGCAGGAAGUGGGGCUGUCUCUGCACCGGGGCUGUCUGCUCAUUGCGGAAAUGAGCUCCGCGGGCUCCCUGGCCACUGGGGACUACACUAGUGCUGCGGUUAGAAUGGCUGAGCAGCAUUGUGAAUUUGUGAUUGGUUUUAUUUGUGGCUCCCGAGUAAGCAUGAAACCAGAAUUUCUUCACUUGACUCCAGGAGUUCAACUGGAAGCAGGAGGGGAUCAUCUUGGCCAACAGUACAACAGUCCCCAAGAAGUGAUUGGCAGGCGAGGUUCUGACAUCAUCAUCGUGGGCCGAGGCAUCCUUUCCGCACCCAAUCGACUGGAAGCCUCGGAGAAGUACAGAAAAGCCGCUUGGGAAGCGUAUUUGAGUAGACUUGCUGUUUGAGUGCCUCAGCUGUGUUUAUGUGAAGACACGGAAGAUAUGUGGGCUCCUGCAAAUCAUCGGCUUUCAAAUGAGCUUUUUAAGCUUAUUUUCAAGCUUUUUUCAUUUAGACUUGUAUUUGGUAGGCACAACUGUGAAACACCCCAUCUCUAGCCGAGCCAGUUUACUUUACUCUGUAUGUGUUGCUGGCAGCUAAUCCCUGGAUCUUUGCACUGAGCUCUAUUCCCAGCCCUCUUUCCUAUUUUGAGACAGAGUCUCACUAAGGUGCCUAGGCUGUG